AGUUGGUUGAAGUCAGUUCCUCAAAGUCCCAGCGAAAGCGCGCGAAGUGACAUUCAGAUUCAGAGCCCCUCAAGCCGGUGGAGCAGACGUGCCUGUGCUGCUUUUAGAAUUCAUAGCACGCUAUCCUUUCUAACAAUACAACUUUUUUUUAAGUCUGACUGCAUCCUUGCAGGCGAAGAAAAGCAGAAAACCAGGCCGCACUUUUUUCGUCACAGGAAUUCGAUAAACUACUAUUUGAAGCACCAUGUUUGAGGCACGUCUCGUUCAAGGCUCAAUCCUUAAGAAAGUUCUGGAGGCUCUGAAAGACCUCAUCACCGAAGCCUGCUGGGAUGUCAGCUCAUCGGGCAUCUCUCUGCAGAGCAUGGACUCAUCUCAUGUGUCGCUGGUGCAGCUAACACUCCGGAGCGAUGGCUUCGACUCUUACCGCUGCGACAGAAACCUCGCCAUGGGCGUCAAUUUGAGCAGCAUGUCAAAGAUUCUGAAGUGUGCUGGUAAUGAAGAUAUCAUCACACUCAGAGCAGAAGACAAUGCAGAUUCGCUUGCCCUUGUCUUCGAAACACUCAAUCAAGAGAAAGUUUCAGACUAUGAGAUGAAGCUGAUGGACCUGGAUGUGGAGCAGCUUGGAAUUCCAGAGCAGGAAUACAGUUGUGUGGUGAAAAUGCCUUCUGGAGAAUUUGCCAGAAUCUGCAGAGACCUGUCACAGAUCGGCGACGCUGUAAUGAUCUCCUGCGCCAAGGAUGGAGUGAAGUUCUCGGCCAAUGGAGAGCUGGGCACAGGCAACAUUAAGCUCUCACAGACCAGCAAUGUUGACAAAGAGGAUGAAGCGGUGACAAUUGAGAUGAAUGAGCCAGUGCAGCUCAUUUUUGCAUUGAACUACCUGAACUUCUUUACCAAGGCCACUCCCCUGUCCAAAACCGUCACACUUAGCAUGUCUGCAGAUAUUCCACUUGUGGUUGAGUACAAGAUUGCAGACAUGGGACAUGUUAAGUACUACCUGGCACCCAAGAUUGAUGAAGAGUCAUCUUAAUUGCAAGCAGAGGCCUUAAAUCUGCAUGUUAGAAAUUGGAUUGAUGUUUUGGGAAAAUGCCUUUUCCGUGUCUGCUAUGGUUGCCACUUCAAUGGAUUCACAUUUCUAUUACCAUCUAAGCCAUAAGGUUGGAAGAUAUAUGGGUGCACUUAAAUUAUGGUAUCUUGGUUCUUAGCUUUACCAGGCACUGUGGGGUUAUUCUAUAGUGCUUACCACAGCAUGCAAAACUUAACUUUUGGUUAAGUCUAAUUUUCUCCAUCUUUGUGCUCCUGCUCUUCUGUUGACUCUAUUAUUAUUUUUUUCUUGUCCAGCUGCUCAUUCAAAUGUGUAGAUAAUUUUCUGUAAAUAUGCAAAUUGGACAUUGUUCAUCCAGUCAACCAUUAAAAAAAAAACAACUUUUUUUGUAAUGAUGUGCUGUGU